UAAACUACAUUUGCUCAAUUUGCACACUGAUUAAUACUUCGAUCUGAAUCUUUGCUGACCUUUGUGUCACAUAUCUGUGCGGGAUAUAUUUGUACACAAGGCAAUUUUACUUUGUCCGUUGAGGUAUCAGGGACCACUUUCAAGUCAGAUUCUCCAGUCCGCGCAACAAUUUCUGAAGCCGGGGUCACCUAGUCAUGGUGAACCAGACGAGCGCCUUGCUGAUGGUGUUGGUCGCCAUGCUGUCAUUAUCGAAAGGCCAAUCUAAGACACUUGUCGUUACAUCAAUUCUUGAACCACCGUUUCUGUUUUUGAAGGAGUUUACGAGCAACGGGAGCCAGUUGUCCGGCAAUGACCGUUUUGAGGGAUAUGUGGCGGAUCUCCUCGAACUUGUGGCUAAGGAAGCUGGCUUCCAGUAUGAGAUAAGACUGGUCCCUGAUGGAAAGUUUGGAGAGAUUGUGAGGAAUGAAGGGGGGAUAACGUGGAACGGAAUGAUCGGCGAGUUAAUAAUGAAGACUGCAGACAUUGCAGCCGGCCCCCUGACCAUUUCUUCCAAGCGCUCGCGCGUGGUGGACUUCGGUACACCGUUCAUGGCUAGUGGGAUUGGCAUACUUGUGAAGAAGGAAGCCGGGUCUGACUGGAGGACCUCGCCCUUCUUCACGCAGACGUUCAGUACCGGGGUGUUGGCCUGUAUCGCAGUCAGUCUAAUUGUGGUGGUCAUACUGUUCUACCUCAUCAGCCGAUUCGAUCCAUACGAGCGCCACUCUAAGACUGUCAAAGACGACCAUAAUGGCGGAGUGAUGGGGGCACUGUGGCUUAUCUGCGGCGGGCUAGUGCUUCAAGGUUACGCCAAGCGACCAACGUCCUUUGCUGCCUUCAUCCUCGUCAUCAGCUGGUGGAUAUUCUGCCUAAUUCUCUUCGCAAACUUUCUGUCAAAGAUGAUUAAUAUGGAGUCUGGGCAGGCGACAGUAAGGAGCCAGAGUUCGUGGACACCCGAGAAGCUCAUCCUGGACAGCAACAUCAAGCUCUUAGCCAUCAAUGAGUCCAACACUGCCUCCUUCCUCUGCUCGUCCCAGCUGUAUGUUUACAAAAAGGCCUGCGAAAAACUGGUCUUUGCCAACAGUAGCGCGGCGGGAGUGGAGAAGGUUUUGAGCGGGGGAUAUGCGUUCUUCAUGGAGACGCCUUGGAUUAAGUACACUACACAAAGGUACUGCGAACUCACUUCAGUUGACGAGAUACUUCAUCAAACUUUUUACGGCCUGGCAACGCCGCUCGGCUCAGACAACACCCGCGAGCGACUUCUCUUGGGCGUCUUGGAACUCCGAGAGAGCGGCCAACUUGCAGAGCUGGAAAGAAAAUGGUGGAGGAACGCCGGAUCAUGCAAAGGCAACAAGAAGGCAAAGGCAACAGCGCCGCUAGAAAGAUCCGGCCCAGUCACGCCUUUGGAAAUAAGAAACGUUUUCCUUUUCCUGAUAGUCGGUUGUAUUUUGGCGGCCAUUGCAAUGUCUGUUGAGAUACUUUACUUCCGGUUCAAAGGUCAGAAACCUACUGCUGACCAAGUGCCGCCUGACUCGCCAGAUGCAAAUGAUAGUCAGUUACCACUGCAAGAUACAACUGAAAAGAACAAUGAUGUUACGGAAUUGGCGUAGACAAAUUGCUUGAUUUAGUAAAAGUUGAACUGAAACUACUUUCAGUUGAACUGAAAUUAUUGCAGCUGAAACUUAUGUUAAGCUGGAGAUGUCAGUCUAAUGUAUGGGUUUGAACUGCCUAGGGAUUCUUAACCUCCCUGUAGCAAACAGUGUGGGGAAUAUACGAAUAACUUACAAUUAGAAUUCGAUUUUGUAGAAAUUUGCAAAUAGCAUGAUUAUAGCUCAUCGUAGAAUAUAGGUAAGAUCUGCAUAUAUAUAUUUUAUUACAGAAUGAAUGAACUUAUAUUCACAUACUCUUUCGAGAUAAAGUUUUGCCAUGAAGCAAAAGGGACAAUUUUGCAUAGCGGUAUUAUUGCGUCGGUAUAGCAGUUUGAAGGAAUAGACUGUCCGGAUGAGUUCAAUACUGCAGAGGAUCACGAGGGUGAACUUAAAGAAGGACUACGUUUUGCCUUGCUGCCGUUCAUAUACAUGUAGGGGGCAGUUCCGGCCUGCAUCAGAACAUUUAUGCAACUAUCCAUCUGUCGGUGUACACUUUUUUUAUUUAAUCCGGCAGUGUCCUCUAUCCACGACCUCUGUAACUUCUGCUCGGCAUGUUUCGGUAGGAGCCAAAGAAAUGCCCGAAGCUCCUUUUAAAUUCCCUCGCUAGUGGUGAUUCUAGGAGCAGUUUCGCAUACGUUCAGUAUUCCAGUUCGGAGAAAAAGCAAUCCAAGUCAUGAACUCGUACCAGGUAAUGGACCAUCAGGUAAAAUAAAUGAUACAUCUAGUGAAA